CGCACCUACUUAUGUACGUAGAUGCAAACUUAAAAGGGCGAGCCGUCGAAGACAAUAAAUACCUAGCCUGGUUCGUUAUUCCUUUCAAGUUCCAACCCAUUUUUCCACAAUUGUUGUCAAACGUUGUCAAACUGGUCUUUUCAACCUGACAACAUCCUCUUUGCAGUGUCGCGUCUUCAAAUAUCCCAUCGCCUACCAGUGGCAGCACCAAUUUCACCUGGUCCCGCAUUCACAACCACUGAUUAGUAUAUUUGACUGACAAGAUGAGAUUGACAUUACAUCUUGACAACAUGACUGGCUUUCUCGAUUCGCUUUGAUCGGGCGUCCCGCCGGACCAGACAACAUCCAUCAUCCAGCAUCCAGCAUCUCCCAAACAACUCAAAAUCGACUCAUCUCAUCUCUCUAUUAGCACUUCUAUACAAGAUACGAAGCCCUUAAAUCUUACUCCUUAAACGCACUUUUACUCUACUCUACCUUCCCGGGAAAAAAUUCAAUCCGGAAACUCGAACUUGAUCACCGCGUUUCGUUUACCUUAUAAAAUACACCACCGGCCUAGGCGGAUAGAAAGAAUCAUGUCUUGGUUUCACCAGGAUCGCAGCGGGAACUCCGCGUCCUCGCUAGAUAGCACGGACGUCCCCCAUGAAAAACGCAACCUGUCUCACGUGAUGGGUAUUAACGUGGAAUCCCCCGAUGUUGUUCUCCGGGAGUCAUAUGUUUCCGCGAAGGAUAUAGCUGUUGAACGUCCAUUGCCCUUUCGCGGUACCCCACCCGUGAACUUCGCCAUGGUUCUCCCCGGCUUGUACCGAAGUGGUUAUCCAAAGGCCGCAGAUUACCCGUUUAUGCUGGCGCUUAAGCUUAAGACUAUUGUUACCCUAGUCGGAAAUGACCUCCCAGAUGGCUAUCAGCAGUUCGUUGAGGCGAACUGUAUCAAGCACGAAAUAUUCGACAUGGCCGGCACAAAGAAGGCCGAGAUCCCUAUCGAGACUAUGCGGUCUAUCCUCUCCGUCGUUAGCAAUCGGAAAAAUUACCCCUUACUUAUUCAUUGCAACCAGGGCAAGCAUCGUACAGGAUGUGUUGUCGGAAUUUUACGCAAGACUAGCGAGUGGGAUACAGCUAGCAUUAUUCGAGAAUACAGCAAAUAUGCAGAGCCGAAAGUGAGAGAGACGGACGUCAAAUAUAUUACCGACUUCAAGACAGCCGAUAUUCCCCCAGCAGUACCGAAACUGACGAGGGGGCCGUACAUCGUGCGGACAUUCUAUGGCAUGGUGAUGCUAGCAUCUUUGACCAUAUCAGUUUGGGUAUGUUCGGGCGCCAAACUUCUAGUAAUCACGACGCCGUGACCGUCAGCGGCCGCUGAUAUCAUUGGAUCGCAUGAGAGGUUACGUUUCCAAGUGUGCCCGAAGCUGGCAAGGGAAAUCCUGGAAUAGGUGGAUUCAAAUGCGGUCUGAGAAGAUGUGGUAGAGAUUUAAAGCAUCACGUCUACAGGGGGUUUAGAUACUUGGGUAAAAGAUGCACCAUACAGGGCGUUGAGAAACAAAAUUGAUUGGCAUUUUCGUGGAUUUGAGAUACAAGGGGAGGUUUGGUUUAGGAGACGAUCAAGAGCUGAGGUGUCUCCCGGCGUUCGAUUAAGGGUUGGCUUCGACGGAAAUCCCCCGUCGCAUCUUUGAUUUAUUUUCUCCUGUCCCCAGAAUUUACAGGUUGUGGUACGGUAAUAUUAGGACCCGGAUAAUAGAAAUCGGGACGGCUGGUAAUAUUUCAGAUUAGACAGAUCUAUU